AUGAUGGUCCCCAUGGCAGGCCAGAAGAUUCCCCCGACGGUCCACGACUUUGUGAUCCUCCCGCUCCGCCUCCCCCCCCAACCCUCGUACCCCAAGGAAGCGACACACUACCUCUACCUCCGCGCAAAUGCACCGAAAGUAUCGACAGAUGAUACGCCUCGAGAGGUCUUCCUUGUAAACGUCCCGAGCGAUGCGACAGAGACUCAUAUCCGGAGUCUGUUCGCGGAUCAGCUGGGUGGAGCACGCAUCGAGAAUGUCGCGUUCGAGGGCGCACGAGUCGGGAGGGGAAUCAGCGCACCAGUCGCGCCAACACAAAGCAAGAAGCGCAAGCGAGGCAUCGACGAGAAUGAGGCCACGACAGAGGCAGAGGUCGGACUGCUACCAGAGACAUGGGAACGGGAUAUACAUCGAAGUGGUGCGACAGCGAUAGUCACAUUCGUGGACCAAGCCAGCGCACAACUCGCCCUCAAGGAAGCCAAGCGCGCAACCAAGAGCAAGAGAGACAUCACAUGGGGCGCCGGCAUCUCCAGCAAAUCCGCACCACUGGGCCACGCCCGCUACCUCUCCCACCACCACCUCCGAUACCCAGACCACGCCCUCCUCCAACAAAGCGUCGACUCCUUCAUGACCGCCUUCUCCGCCCAAGAAGAAGCGCGCGCCCGAGCCCUCGCCAAACAACGCUCAGAGCCCGACGCAGACGGUUUCAUCACUGUCACAAGAGGCGGCAGAUCUGGUCCUGCCCGUGAAGAAGAGGUCAAGGCGAAGGAAGCGGAGUUCAAGAGGCGGGAAAAGAGUAGGAUUAAGGACGACUUUUAUAGAUUCCAGGUGCGGGAGAAGAGGAAGGCGCAUGCGAAGGAUUUGGUGAGAGGGUUUGAGGAGGACCAGAGGAGGGUCGAGGAGAUGAAGAAGAGGAGGGGGAGGAUACGGCCGGAGUAG